AUGGAGAGAGACGGCAAGGCCACCGGCGACUUGGGUCCUGAAGAGGUCGCUAGUGCUGAGGGCUCUGUCUUCUCCGGCGGCCAGGAUAUCCUCGACCUGCAGGACAUCGACCCGGCGCUUAACCUGAAGAUGCACCUCGUCAACAAUGCUAUUGACGAGAUUGGAUGGACCAACUACCAUCUCAAGCUGCUGUUCCUCAACGGCUUCGGCUAUGCUGUGGACUCUAUGAUCACCCUCUUCCAAUCCAUCAUCGCCGGACAGGCGUUCAAGGAGUUUGGCCAAAAGGGAUACGCAAAUGGCCUCACCAUUGCAACCUACGUCGGAAUGUUGCUGGGCGCCUUGUUCUGGGGCCUCAGCGCUGACAUGAUUGGCCGCAAGCAUGCCUUCAACAUCUCCCUCUUCAUCUGUUCUGGCGCUUGUAUCGUCGCCGGUGCUAUGCCCAACUGGCCCUCGCUUGGCUUCUUUGUAGCCCUGCUCAGCUUCGGCGCCGGCGGCAAUCUCAUUAUGGAUACGGCCGUUUUCCUCGAGUACCUACCCAGCAACAAGCAGUGGCUGCUCACUCUUCUCGCCUGCUGGUGGGGCAUUGGCCAGGCCGUGACGGGAUUCAUCGCCUGGGGAUUCAUGGUGCCCGAGAAGUGGAACUGCGCCGAUGUCGAGACGUGCACCAAGGACGGUAACUGGGGAUGGCGAUAUGUCAUGUUCACUGGAGGCUCUAUUGUCUUCGUCAUGUCCGUGCUCCGCAUCACGGUCGUGAGACUGCGCGAGACGCCCAAGUACCUCUUGGGAGUUGGCAAGGAGGCCGAGUUGAUCGAGACGCUCCAGUUCCUGUCCACCACGUACAACCGACCCUGUUCCCUGACCCUAGAAAAGCUGGAGGCGUGCGGCACCAUCAAAUCCGCCCACAGCAAGGACCGCUUCUCCGUCGCUGAGACCAUGGUCCAUGUUCGCGGCCUCUUCAGCAACAAGCCCAUGACGACCUCGACCUUAUUGAUCUUUCUGUCGUGGACAUUGAUCGGUCUGGCUUACCCCCUGUUCUACGUUUUCCUGCCCACGUACCUGGCAAACAAUGGCAGAGUCUUCAACCGGACAGUGUUGGAGACAUGGCGUAACUACACUCUGACUAAUAUCAGUGGUAUCCCUGGGCCCAUCCUUGCUGGUUUUAUGUGCAACACGAAACUCGGCCGCAAGUAUACCAUGGUUAUUGGUGCUCUCAUCACAAUGGCCUUCUUCUUCGCCUACACAGCUGUCCAGACUGCUGCACAGGACACCGCAUUUACCUGUCUCAUCGCCUUCUUCAUCAACAUUUACUAUAGCACCCUGUACGCUUACACCCCCGAGGUUCUCCCCAGUGCUCACCGCGCCACUGGAAACGGUAUCGCCGUGGCCUGCAACCGAGUCAUGGGUAUCAUGUCCGCUGUCAUCGCGACAGAGGCUGAUACCAACACCCCGGCUCCCUUGUACAUUUGCGCGGCUCUCUUCAUUGCCAUGGCUGGCGUCUCGGUGGCGUUCCCAUUCGAGCCGUAUGGCCGCCGAAGUUCCUAA